UUAACGACUCGGCCAUAUCAGCUUGUAUUUCGCUAGUAAGGUAAACGUAAUAACCUCGCCAUCCCCAAGGAUAUCAAGAACACCAAAUCUCGACUUCUAACUUUUGGUCUCUCCUUACAUCUCGAAGUACUUAUUCGCUGCUCGGGAGCAGCAUUAACUGCAUUUCAUGGAUUCUUUAAUCCCAUUCACGACAUCGGGAUCACUGGUAGAUUGCGUGGACAGAAAGAUGUUGGUCGUCCUCAGAGACGGACGAAAAUUACACGGUGUACUACGCUCUUAUGAUCAAUUCGCUAACCUCGUCCUCGAAGACACCGUCGAGCGAAUAUUUCAUGGUAAAGCAUUCGCAGAACACUGGCACGGCCUCUUUCUCAUACGCGGAGAGAAUGUCGUGUUGCUUGGCGAAAUUGAUCUCGAUCAGGAGGAUGAUGUUCCGUUACAACAAGUGGACUAUUCCGUUCUUGAUCCAUAUCAUAAGAGGGAUAUCGCACAUAAAAAGGCACGCGAAGACUUCAAAUCCAAGGUCUUAUAUGAGCAGAAAGGGUUCUGUAAGGAGGGUGGUGAGGGCGAUGGCUAUUGAUGGACUAUCGUACUAGUACUGUUUAUUCAUUCCUCAUGCAUACCGCCUAUGGGCGUAUUCGUUUAUUGAGUUGAUCUAGCAUAAAUGUGCGGUAUCACUGGGUAAAGGCCAAAGCUACAAAAAACAAAAACACCAUUAUCAAGAACUGUGAAAAAGCGAUAUAGGACGUCAAAUACUCUGACAACAAACAAGAAAAGAUGUAUUAGAAAUACAGUGCGUGGAUUAAGAUUUCUUCUUCUUUCCCUUUUCUACAGCCUCCCCGUUAACCCGAGGUUUGCUGAGAGGCAUUCGUUGUUGGUG